AGUGGGACAAAUGAAGUUCGCUCUCCUCAGCUGAUGAUGGCGGAUGUUGAUGUUGAAAAGGACAGCAUGAAGAAUUACCACAUAGCCUCCGAGAAAAUCAACCCAGCGGCCAGCCGCUACCCGUACUGCGUUGUCUGGACACCCAUCCCCGUGUUAUCAUGGUUGUUUCCAUUCAUUGGUCACAUGGGAAUCUGCACCUCAACCGGAGUCAUCAGGGACUUUGCUGGGCCUUACUUUGUCUCAGAAGACAACAUGGCUUUUGGGAGACCGACAAAAUACUGGAUGCUUGACGUCAGCAAAGUGUAUGCAAGCGGCUCCAGCGCCUGGGACACGGCAGUGCACGAUGCGUCGGAGGAGUAUAAACACAGGAUGCACAACCUCUGCUGUGACAACUGUCACUCGCACGUCGCCAUGGCUCUGAAUCUAAUGAGGUAUGAAAACAGUACGUCGUGGAACAUGGUCAAUCUCUGCCUCCUCGCUCUGAUCCAUGGGAAGCAUGUGAGCUGUGCCGGCUUCCUGAAAACCUGGCUGCCUUUCCUGAUGCUGUUGGGCCUCAUCCUCACAGUGACCCUGGCCCUGAACCUCCGGUGACCUGGGAAACGGGGUCAAAGACACUGAGAACCCCCUGCAGGUCGGACAUGGGGGCGGGGAGAUUGACCUUUUUUUAUCAACAACAAGAGAGAGGAGAGAUGGGGGGGGAGAGAGGGAGGGAGGGAGGGUGGCAUCACACGGAGUUGAAGACUCACCUACUCGAGGUGUCCGACUCGUGCGUGGUCUGUGGCGAGCGGGCUGCACGGCUCACACACACCAGGAUCACACCAACUGCUCUGCUGACACCUGCAAAGCAUAGAAGAGGUGGUGCUGUGAAUCCUCUGGAGGGAAACACGUCCAUGCCUUGCUUUCAGAUUUUUUGAUGACCUUUACUUACUUUCACUCUGUAAUGGAUGAUAUUCAGUGCUUCCACAACACCACUUUUAUACCGGGGGGGGAGGAAAAACACGGUUAAGAUGCCUUUUUGGGAACGGAUUGCAUUUCAUGCUUGAUCUAAUGUAGCUCUUCCACAACCUAAAAGUGCCACAGCGGAGUCUGUGUCUCCUGAAAAGGAACCAUUCUCUCAGAGAUUAUGUUACACACACACAUCACCUCAUGGUACGACGCUUUCAUACAUGCAACUACAGGUCAUCGGAUCACGAUUGUAGCCUCGACCUCAGUGAAUGUUCUCCUGGUUUUGUAAAAUGGUGCCAAAUGUGAAGAGAACGGUCGACCAAACUCAGACUGUGUCCUUUUGAAUAUGGAGCUGGUUGUUUCAUGGAAACGUCCGUUGUUGACGAUGUUGGACUUUUCAAAAAACUGUUGUAAAACGUUCUGUUUCAUUCUCACCACUAGUUUUACGUUUGUGUAAAGAAGCAGUGCCUAAAACCACAUCUCUCCUCUCACAGAUCACGAUGUUUUUCACGUCGUGGUUGGCACACAAACUCCGUUGCCAUGGCUUUUUUUUUGCAGAUUUAAAUCCCUCAUUGUUUGCAAUCAAACAGAAAAAUGUGUUGAGCCCCCUCUUUGUCCACGGUGCUGCCAGAAGCAGCAGGUAGCAGCCAGGAUCCUCAGGUUUUUCACGCUCGCUGACCCCUGCUGAACACCCCCCACUCUGGCGUCGCUCCCGCUGGUUUCCCUCACCUCUGCAGAUCAGACAGGAAGGUCAUUGUGAAAUGUCAGCGCUGUUUCUCUAACGCUUUUCAUAUAGAAGUCGCCUCCAACCACCAACGUCCUGCAAUAAUCCAAGUGUACAAAGUGUGAGGUUUUCUUUUCUGUGGCAAGCGUCGAUAAGAUUUAUGUCACUAUCUUCAAACAACACUUUUUAAGAGGCAAAUAAAAUAAAGAUUUAAUCAUUCAGACAUAUUGUAUUUUAUUGUUUGAAAAUACACUCCUUCUUUAGGCUCCCUGAUUUGUUGUUUGCACAAAGAACAUGUGUGGGAGUGUAUUUUCAAACAAUAAAAUACUUUUAUAUUAUUUUUGAAUAAUUAAAUCAGUAUUUUAUUUGCUUCUUAAAAAGUGUUGUUUAAAAAACCAAAUCUAAUCUCAUACUAUGAUGGUAUGUAGGGCUAAUGCAGACUAUGUAAAUAUUUGAACACACAUUAUAACGUACACCAGUUGCUUUUUGUAUACUUUGCGUAUGCUCGAUCGCUCACGCUACACAUUUACACCCUGAAUAAUUCAUGUUUGCUUUAUAUCAUAUCAUCUCAGGUUCACGUCUGUGUGUGUGUGUGUGUGUGUGUGUGUCAUGCACACGACCGGAGCGAGAGCACGUGAUUGUCUGCGUCGCAUGUGUGCAACAACAGGAGGUAUUUGAGGAUGAAGGGAAGUUUCAUAUUUGACUCAUACUGUGGCUUCUUGAUUAAUAAUCAGCAAAUGUGACGCUGCUGCCGACCGCCUGCUGAUUGAUUUCUAUAUUUAUCAUCGCUCUUAUUUUGUUCUAAAUGGGGAGAGCGGGUAAAGUCAAACCCUUACAAGGAUAAAUAAUAAAUUAGACUGUAACAGGCCGGUGGAUGUUAACACUAAUUCAGUGUAAUAGCCUCUAUACUUGUGUGUGUGUGUGUGUGUGUGUGUAGCCUAAGACUCUGUAGACAAAGAGCAGCAGAGUUGUUUUUCUUAAAAGAUUCAAAUAAAAACAAGGAAGCUGAACAAAAAUAGAAUCUGGCCUUAAUUUGAAAAGUGGCAGUUAUAUAUUUAAAACCAUUAACUCUUUGUCAUGUGUAACUUGUGAAUGAGGAUAUUUUAAGCAGAUUGUGCUGUUAGUAAAACUCAUUAUGCCCUAAAAUACACUUUUUAUUUUUCCAUCUCUGACCACACUCGCUGAAAGGUGGCGUUUGGAAAAUACCUGCAGAGACUGGAGCACAGAACACAGACGUGAAGAAUCCCUUUGAUUCUCCAUAAUUGAGCUCAAUGUCAGAGAACGGGGGGCGGGCUGUGUUCUUGAAUACGCCGCUUGUUCUGCAGUGAAACGGCUCAUUCAUGACAACACGAGCCAUUAAAGGCCUUUGAGAUCAGCUGAUGACACUCGCGGCAUUGUCAUUUCCCACUGUUGUGCUGAACAGUCUGAGGCCGCCGCCGUCGUCACAUCACACAGCGACGUGUAAAUGAGCGUACAGCAUCAUUAUUGAUUUAUCACUUCACUGGAACACGUCCACAAAAUACAACCAGAGAACGGUCCAUAAAGGUUGGAGCAGUAGAAAACCUUCCAUAUCAACCACAAGACAACCACAAGACACAAGACACAAGACAAGGAACCUUCAGGGAACGUUCUGGGAAUAAAUUGUUAGCUGGGAUAUUUCAAUAACGUCACUAAUGUGUCUUUUUGAAACUGGAACUUUGUGAGAACCUUUAGAGAACGUUCUCUAAAGGUUGUGACAGAGUAACGUUCUUGUUACCAAAUGUGCAACCAAAAACUAACGUUGGGAGAACAUUCUGGGAACCAUAAAUUGUUAGCUGGGAUAUUUCAUUAAAGUCACUAAUGUGUCUUUUUGAAACUGGGACAAGAGAACGUUCUCUAAAGGUUGUGACAGCGUUACAUUCUUGUAACCAAAUGUGCAACCAAACCUUUUGUUUGGGGAAUGUUCUAUAAAGGUUCUUCAAAGGUUGUAUGAAUGUUUUCUCACAAAACGGGUUACAGGAACGUUCUGUGAACUUUUAGAGAACGUUCUCUCAAGGUUCCAUGAGGUUGUGACAGAGAACCAAAUGUGCAACCAAAAACUAACAUAAGGGGAACAUUCUGGGAACCUUCAGAGGACCUUUCACUAAAGGUUGUGACAAAGUAACAUUCUGGGAACCAAAUGUGCAACCAAAAAGUAACAUAAGGGGAACAUUCUGGGAACCUUUAGAGAACCUUUCACUAAAGGUUGUGACAAAGUAACGUUUUGGGAACCAAAUGUGCAACCAAAAACUAACAUAAGGGGAACAUUCUGGGAACCUUCAGAGGACCUUUCACUAAAGGUUGUGACAAAGUAACGUUCUGGGAACCAAAUGUGCAACCAAAAACUAACAUAAGGGGAACAUUCUGGGAACCUUCAGAGGACCUUUCACUAAAGGUUGUGACAAAGUAACAUUCUGGGAACCAAAUGUGCAACCAAAAAGUAACAUAAGGGGAACAUUCUGGGAACCUUCAGAGAACCUUUCACUAAAGGUUGUGACAAAGUAACGUUUUGGGAACCAAAUGUGCAACCAAAAACUAACAUAAGGGGAACAUUCUGGGAACCUUCAGAGAACCUUUCACUAAAGGUUGUGACAAAGUAACGUUCUGGGAACCAAAUGUGCAACCAAAAAGUAACAUAAGGGGAACGUUCUGGGAACCUUCAGAGGACCUUUCACUAAAGGUUGUGACAAAGUAACAUUCUGGAAACCAAAUGUGCAACCAAAAACUAACGUUAGGAAAAGCACAGGAGAGUGGAGUGGACUGAGCGUGACAGUAAUGACCCUGGCUGUCUUUAAACUGCAGUGGAACUAAUGUUAUCAUGUUAUCGGUAAAGACCUGUGCUUAUGUUCGUAUUAUUGCUCCAGCUUUAUUAACAUCAACUCACAGCUUGCUAAUAUAUUAUGAGACCGAACUUUGAGUCCAAUCAUUGAAAUCCAGCUGCCACUGAAUGACAGAGUUGAGCUGCUGUUGCUCUGAGACCUGAGCUCAGUGACGGGGGAAGAAUGUGACGUUCAGUGGGGAUGGUCUGGUUUGAAUGCUGUUAGAUGUUCUGUAUCUAAGAGCCAGGUCCUGGAAUGUGGAGACAUGUGGUCGCAGUGAUUCAGAGCACUGACAAAACACAGUUGGGAAGCUAUUAUCAGAAGCACGAUCCAUGUAUACGACUUCCACCAGUGUGCACUUCUGAUUCCUUCUUUUCAUUCUCUAAUCUCUCCCUAAACAGAAAAAUAUCCUCUAUGUUGCCGAUCAUUUAGCCCACAGGGAAUUCAGAUACUCCUGGACGUGUUUAUGACUCACUGAUAUAAUAUAAUAUCAAUAAAGAUGUUUAUUAUUGUA